AUGACGGGGAUCUGGCAGAGAUGUGUGCUGCUCCUGAUCGUGCUGGGGAUGACAGCUGCUGCCGAUUCCUGUGAUAUAAACAGCUGCACUGAGUGCAAAUUGGCUCAUGGCUGUGCCUGGAUGACAUGCAGCAAUGCUACUGAAAAAAUGUGGAAAUGAAACUUCAAUACCAAACGACUGCAAUAAAACAGAAUCAUGUGACGGUCCUACAGUGACACCAGCUACAAUUAUUACUACAGUGGUCCCAACAACGAAUAAAACUGUUACUUCUGCAUCACCUACUACUGCUAAUGCUUCUAUAACCACACAUGUCCCGACUGAAAAUUCCACUUCAGUUCCUGCAUCAACCAGCUCUAAAAUCCUUACAACUUCUGCAUCCACUACAAUUGUGCCAACUGUGCCCCCUUCAAAAAAGAACACCUUUGAUGCUGCUAGCUUCAUUGGUGGAAUAGUUCUUGUUUUGGGCAUCCAAGCAAUUGUAUUCUUCUUGUACAAGUUCUGCAAAGCCAAAGACAGGAAUUACCAUACCCUUUAA